CUUCUAGAAACAAAUAAAAAAGAUAUUCGAUACAAAUAGGUCACAAAUAGUGAAGACUAUGGCAUCAUUUGUAAUCGUAGUGUUAUUUUUGACAAUAUAUGGGAUUUUUAGAAGCUCACUGUCACAACAGACGAUGCCUACAGGUAUGCAGACCCAGUGUAUGCUUUAUCCAGAUAUGCUUACAACACUAAUGACAAUGGUCAAUCAAAAUAAACAGAAACUUGCAGAACUUGAAGGAGAAAUAGAAGCAUGUAAAAAUAAAGCAAAAAUUUGCUAUGGUGAACAACUUAUUUCUGGGAGUCAGUAUAGGAUUCCCGAUUCAUCUUUGAGAGUUUCAUCCAUAUGGGAUAACAAUCAUGGCCCACAUAGAGCCAGACUUGGAACGCCAAGAAGUGGUGCGUCACGUGGAGCAUGGAGUGCACGCUCAAAUAACCAUGACCAAUGGAUUCAGGCUGACCUUGGUGAGGUUAUGAUUGUCAACGGUGUCAUCACCCAGGGCAGAAAUGAUGUAGCUCAGUGGGUUUCAUCUUAUAAACUAUUUUACAGCAGAAACGGAUUAAACAUGACUGAACAUUAUCUGUUGCUGACAGGGAAUACGGACAAUCGUGGAACGCUCAUAUCUCAAUGCGCUUUGAUGUCAUCGGGUGUCCGUCAUAGUUUGCGUACUUUUCACUGGUCAUAAAAGUAUAAGGUAAACCGAAUAAUUUGGCGACAAGAUGCACACUGGACAAAUCCGUAUAGCAAUUGGAUGGUUUGCACUUAAAAGCGGAUAUAUACCGUAAUUGCUUGUCCAAAUUAGGAUUUGUGUUCACUGGGGACAUUUUACAAUGUAAAUAGAUACGCUUUUGGAUGACAUGUGGACAGUGUUGCCAAGUACUCAAAGUCAUUGCAUUGAUAUUACUUUUCUCUGGGUCUGACCCAAAGGCCAUUACCGUCAGCAUGGUUUUGUCUGAUGAAUGACUUUCAGUAUACUGUAAAAGCCCACAUUUUCUAGAUGAAAUCAAUGUUAGAACCAAUUUUAUAUCAACGGUGCCUUUAAUUUUACGGUCUAGCCUCUUCUGCGAAAAUGGUGAAAAUU